AUGACAAUCCUCAAAUCCUUCCCCCUCCCCUCCUCCCCCUCAGCCCUCCAAAUUCCCAACGAAAAGGAGAAAGACUCUCCUCCCUCCAACUUCUUCAUCGCCUUUCUCGCUUCCAAAGACCCACUCACCAAUCAACCCUGGUGUCCCGAUGUCCGAGCCGCUUUACCGAUUCUCGAAGCGACUUUUCAAGAAACCACCACAUCUCAGGGAGCAGAAGGAGAAGAAGAAAAAGAAGAAGGCAAAAAGUCUACUACAACACCACCAGUAGUAGCUUUUAUCGAAGUAGGUCAGAAAACGGAAUGGAAAAAUCCCCACAACGUUUUCCGUACUCAAUGGAAUAUUCACAAUGUACCGGUUUUGGUGCGAUAUGAAUUGGUGGGAGAAAAUACCGCAACAACAACAAAACAAGUCAAGGAAGUGGGAAGAUUGGUCGAAGGGGAGAUUUUGGAUGAGAGACGAUUACAAGAAUUGGUC